AUGGUGGUUUCACACAAAAAGGCAUACAAUCACAUUGAUGCAAUGCGUAGAAUUGAAAUUAAAGACGGUGAUGCGGAAGCCACGUUGGCUUACUUGUGUGGAAAGGCAGAAAUGGAUUCUUCAUUAUUUUAUAAAUUGAACGUUGAUGAAGAAAGCCGACUAGCAAGCUUAUUUUGGGUUGAUUCAACUACUCGAAUGGAUUAUGCGUGUUUUGGAGAUGUCCUAACAUUUGAUUCAACCUAUAGGACAAGUGCCUAUAAAAAGCCUCUAGUAGUGUUUGUUGGUGUUAAUCAUCACCACCAAACUGUGGUAUUUGGUUGUGUAUUAUUGAUGGAUGAAAGUAUUGGUACAUAUGAAUGGGUGUUGAAGACAUUUCUUAUUGCAAUGAUGAAUAAGAAGCCCAUAUUCGUAGUAAUUGAUGGGGAUAAAGCUAUGCGUAAGGCAAUUAAAAUAGUUCUACCCGAUGCGUGCCCUCGCAUGUGUUCAUGGCAUUUGCAACGAAAUACAUUCACGAAUGUGCAUAUUAAGGACUUCACAAGCAUCUUUGCAAGGUGCAUGUUCAUGCGUGGGAAUGCAGAAGAAUUCGAAAAGGUUUGGCAUGAAAUGGUUGAAAAGUUGGGUCUUAAUGAGAAUCAUUAG